ACUGAGAGCAAGCCGCGCAAAAACGAAGAGGAUAUUUGCAUACUACAGCUGUGUUUUAUGUUUCAUUUAUAUGUCAGCUAACUGAUGCACACAUUAUGAGAGAAAGAUUAUAAACAAUGUAUUUUUUAUGUAACAAUGUGAAUAAAAUCGCUUUAAAAGCAUUGUUGUGAUUAUUGCAAUAACACCUUCCUACCGCCAGGGGGCGACCGUGGUAUAGUUUGAUCUAGUUGCCGUGGCAACUAACAACAUUAACGCAGCUGUGCACAUAAAGUUAAAAAGAGUAUAGAUACAUGCUGACUACUUUAUAAACAGUCAGGUUUCCCAGCAUUAGAAAAUAAACUUCUAAGAUAAAAGCUGGUAUGAUGUCAUCCACCGGCGGAAGGCAUGUUUUACAGCAGGUCAGCCAGUUUUGGUCCAUGCUGGACGAUCUGUCCGAAAACGACCCUGUAGCAUACAGCAGGUUCAUAGAGGAGCAGAUGAAGAGAGGAGCUGAAUUCAACGCGCCGCCUGAGCUCCACUCGUGUGUGCGAACCCAGAUACUGGAACCAAAGCCAGGUUGGCUUUAUAUUAAUAUUUGCAGCUGGAAACGAGUGCCUGCACCUCAGAAUCUGAGCUGUUCUCCACACUUAUAUGGCGGAAAACUAGAAACCAUCAAGCCAGAAGACCAAGGAUGGCAUGCUGUGUUGGAUGUGGCAUUAAACCCUGCUGUGCUACAGAAGAGGAAGGACGAUAAAGCAGAUAUUAAUGAUAUCUAUAAGCUGGCCCUGAGUUUUGCCCAGCAACAGCACAGGAUGUUGUUAUCUGCAGAGUACAGCAUUGUCAGCUGUAGUCCAAACAGUAACCGGGAUGACUUACGAUGUCGACUCGGCUUUCAGAAGCCUCCAACCUCCAAACUGGAAACAGCCGGUCAGACCCCAGCUUCCCUCCUACAACGGAUCUCCUCUCAACAAUCAGGGGCACAAGAGGAGGACAGCAAAGUCCAAAUUAUUUGCAGACCCGUGGAGCACAUAAAGAACGAUUUGAUCCAGGUCAUUUCCAGCACUUUCCAGGGGCCUCAGGAGCCAGAGUAUCUGCUCGAGGUGAAGACUGAUGCAGCAGGAGUUCCUCGCAGCGUGAAGCUGACAGUGGACCUGCCAAAAGUUCGUUCCAUGUCAGAGUGCCAGCUGAGAAUAUCCAAGGAGGAUGUUGUUCUGCAAGUGGAGGAUGUUUAUUAUUUGCUCCUGGAGUUUCCAAAAACUGUCAACGAGGACACAGCAUCCGCCGUUUUCUACAAGAAGAAGAGGAGACUUACGCUGACAGCAGAUGUUUUGUGACCAAUUAAUUUUAAGAGAAAAGGUAGAGGGUUCGCACCGUCACACAUGCAAGGAGUGAACUCGUAUAACAAAAACACCUUAAAAGAGUGUGGUUAAAAAAAAAAAAAACAUUCAGAAUAAAGAGUGCAUGCUGUGUGGGAACAUAUGCCCUGCUUCAAACUAAAAAUCAAACAUCCUGCCUGUAAACUGAUCUGUUUUCAGGGUGUUCUUUAGACAAAUGUGUAAAGUUUUCCCACUGUGUAGUCUGGUGCUCAGAAACACAUUCAAUCUAAACCCCCCUUCCACCAACUUCCCCUAAAAAAAUGUUAUUGACAGUAAUAACAAUCUGUCAGUAGUGUUCAGAAACCACUAAAGGUGGAAUAAAU